AUGCUUUCCACAAGAUUCAUCUUAAGAAACUCAGCUGCUUCAGCUUUUGCAAGAAGAGCUUAUUCAACUCAAGUUGCCAAAUUUAAUGGUCAAAAAAAUGCAAAUGGUAAUUAUGUUGUUUCAUUUAUUGAAGGUGAUGGUAUUGGUAUUGAAAUUUCUAAAUCUGUUAAAGAUAUCUAUGCUGCUGCUAAAAUCCCAAUUGAAUGGGAAUCUUGUGAUGUUACUCCAUUAUUAAUUAAUGGUCAAACUACAAUUCCAAAAGAUGCUGUUGAAUCAAUUAAUAAAAAUUUAGUUGCAUUAAAAGGUCCAUUAGCUACACCAGUUGGUAAAGGUCAUAAAUCUUUAAAUUUAACUUUAAGAAAAACUUUUAGUUUAUUUGCUAAUGUUAGACCUGCUAAAUCAAUUGUUGGUUAUCCAACUCCUUAUGAAAAUGUUGAUACUGUUUUAAUUAGAGAAAAUACUGAAGGUGAAUAUUCAGGUAUUGAACAUACUGUUGUUCCAGGUGUUGUUCAAUCAAUCAAAUUAAUCACUAAAGAAGCUUCAGACCGUGUUGUUAAAUACGCGUUUGAAUAUGCAAGAUCAAUUAAUAAACCUCGUGUUUUAGUUGUUCAUAAGGCAACAAUUAUGAAAUUAUCUGAUGGGUUAUUUGUUGAAAGUGCAAAAGAAAUUGCUAAACAAUUCCCAGAUGUUGAAUUAGAUUUUGAAAUCAUUGAUAAUACUUCAUUAAAAUUAGUUACUGAUCCAUCAAAAUAUUCAAAUGUUGUUAUGGUUAUGCCAAAUUUAUAUGGUGAUAUUAUGUCAGAUUUAGCAUCAGGUUUAAUUGGUGGAUUAGGUUUAACUCCAUCAGGUAACAUGGGUGAUAAAGUUUCAAUUUUCGAAGCUGUUCAUGGUUCAGCUCCAGAUAUUGCAGGUCAAAACAAAGCUAACCCAACUGCUUUAUUAUUAAGUUCUGUUAUGAUGUUACAACAUAUGGGUUUAGAAUCUCAUGGUGAAAGAUUACAUAAAGCUGUUUUGAAAACUAUUGCUUCUGGUAAAGAAAAUAGAACUGGUGAUUUGAAAGGUACUGCAACUACUUCUCAUUUCACUGAACAAGUUAUUAAGAAUUUAGAAUAA